UGAUUUGUGUCUGGAGUAAAUGUCACUAUUGUGAAGGUUGUUGUUGACUAUUAUUUUAAAAUUAGUAAAUAACUUAAAAAACUGGUUGUUUUUAUACUUUAACUUAAUAUAUCGGUUUUUAAAAUGUGUGAUUUUGUUUUAAAAGUAUUAAUUCGUAUCUAAAUCGGACAUAAACUAUAUUAAGAUGAUCUUUUGAUAUAUCGAGAAAUGACGCAGUUUUAUAUUAAAGCAAUUUUUUCUUAGGUAUUUCAAGACUAUUUAUAGUUAAGUAAAUUUAUUUUAAAAAUGUCAGAAUCACCUGUAAACACAGGCCCUGAACCAUUAAGUGGACCCUCUAAAGUCCUACCAAGACAUGUCAAUGAUCCAACGAUUCUUGAAAGUGUUGCUGGCUUUAUAAAUGAAGUAGUUCCUACGUCCCACUUGGAUCUUCAUAACAUCAACAAUCAGAUUCUUUGGGCUAGGUUUGAAGAACCGGAAACUGACAAAACGGCGGUUGUUGAGGUUGGUAGUUAUGCCAGCUUUAUACCAUCGACACUUAUUCUUAUUUUGGGUUAUAACACAGGAAUACAGGUCUGGGCCAUUCCAGCUAAUGGUGAAGCCACUGAAAUUUUAUCGUGGAGGCAUGGUUAUGUUAAUCUACUUAAAUUUUUACCUGUGCCGAAUAUAGUUGGUAAUACAACCAAAAAGGACUUGUAUUCCUCGAAGAGACCCUUGCUUGCGAUCUGUGAUAAUUCAUCGUCUGGACCUAAAUUUAGCUCUUUAAAUUUUGUUUCAUUAAAAACAGGAGAACAGGUUAAAGUAAUUAAGUUCAAAAAUUCUGUCAUUGAUGUGCUAGCCAACAAACAGUUUGUUGUGGUAAGUUUUCAAGAGAAAAUUGCUAUAUUCGAUGCUCUCACACUGGAAGAUCACAUGACUGUUACAACUUGUUUCUUGAGUCCUGGCUUGAACCCCAAUCCAGUAACUCUUGGAGCGAGGUGGUUAGCCUAUGCUGAGAAAAAGAUAAAUAUGUCGAAAAGGAGCAAUGGAGGGAUGGAUGGAGAAGGUGUACAAAGUUAUACCGCAACUGUAAUCCAUGCUGCGAAGUCUUUGGGCAGAGGACUAAGAGGUUUAGGAGAAUCUGUCGCCAGUAGUUUGACGGGAAAUAAUACAUUUAAGCCAGGAACGUCUCCAAAUAGUCCCCAAGCUGGUGGUCAGUCGGAUGUUUCUCAUAAAGGAAUAGUUACCAUUUUGGACAUUGGGUGUCCUAGUUAUAAUAACCUCCAAGAAAACUCAACUCCAUCAGGGGACCCGGUGAUAGCACACUUUAUCGCACAUACAAAACCCGUAGUAGCUUUACAGUUCGAUCCUAGCGGCAUGUUACUUUUGACAGCCGACAAACGUGGCCACGAUUUUCAUCUAUUCAGAAUUCAUCCACAUCCAGGACGACCUCAGUUGACGUCUGUUCAUCAUUUGUACAUUUUGCAUCGAGGAGAUACAUCUGCGGUUGUCCAAGAUAUGUGCUUUUCGAAGGAUUCAAGGUGGGCUUGUGUCAGCACUCUAAGAGGUACUACACACGUCUUUCCGGUUACACCGUAUGGUGGGAAUGUUGGAAUGAGAACACACGCUACCUCACAUGUUGUUAACAAGAUGUCUCGAUUUCAUAGAUCUGCAGGUUUGUCAGUUGAUGGGAGAUCAAACAGUCCAAUCUCGGUGAUAGAAAUGCCUAGUGUGUCUCAUUAUCCUUAUCACAAUCCAAGAUUUCCGCCAUAUCCACAUCCGACUGUAGUUAAUCCCCUAGCUCAAAUUAGGCAACCCAUAGUGCUGCAAAACAGUGGGAAUACCCCACCAAGACAGACGACAGGUCGCCAAAGAUUGCCAUCUGCAUCAGAGGAAAACAUCUCUCUUCGACUGGUCACUUGCUUCGGGGCUCCACGAGCACUCAUUGACAUGACCCGCGAUAGUUCAAUAAUCAAGAACACCAAACCUAUUGACUCUCUCUUUGUCAUGUCCUGUCUGGGAACUCUUAUACAGUAUGAUCUCGAUCCUCACCAGCAAUCCAACAUACCGAAAGAACGAGUCUCCAGUGACACUCCCAUUGAACUCACAGUUACAGCUAGAGCGCAAUGGUUGUUGCAGAGAAAAACUGGUGGAGUAGAUCUGGUGCCACCCAUGACGAAAGAGAAUCUUAAUUUCGUUAAACAGGAUAAGGUGGAAGUUAAGAGUAAUAAACCGGAUUAUAAUGAUGAGCAUUGGUUGUCGCAAGUGGAGAUUAUUACACAUGCAGGACCUCACAGGAGGUUGUGGAUGGGACCACAGUUUACUUUUAAAACAUAUAAAACCAUUGCCGGGUCUCCCCUGUCAGUAGGAGAAUCUCAACCUAUCGAUUUGGGUCACUCCAAACCCAUCAAUAUGCCGAUAACGAAAGCAAACGCUGUUCUGAUAGAAUCAAGUUCUGCCUCGAGCUGCGAACAACAUCUGCUGGAGAAUUACCAUAGAACUUUGGAAGAAGGAGGAGGAGUAGGGGAGUUGCAAUUGAAAGAGGAUCUGGCCGACGCAAUGUUGGAAUCGCCCGGAUUAAGAGAUACUGGUGGCCGUUGCGUAAUCGUUCAAAUGAAGCCAGCAGUGGCAAAGGUUGUGAAUCCUUUGGGCACCGUGGUGAACGUUCACUCUGACGACGAAGCUGACAUAGAAGUUUUCGAAGAAGCCAUUCACGAGAAUUGCGACGAAACGCUAUUUAGGCCUGUAGUCGCACCUAAACCUGCACUGCAUCAAGAUAAGGUGCAAUACUGUGAGAAUAUGCUUACUAAAAGUUUAGACUCCACAACAGAAGUAGCUGUGAAGAUACUAAAGAAAUCUACAGAUAAAUCAGAAGACAAACCAGUCGCUAGUUAUAACAAGGUCACUUCGGUAGAUGCCAAAAGUAAGGAGGGUAAAAGUGAAAGUAAAAGAUCUAAGAAAGUUGUUACCAAGGUUAAGGUAGAACCUAUUUUUAAUCUUUUAGACACCAAACCUCUUACACCAAUUGUUACAGAAGUAGAAAAGGUCAAACCUCUAAUUUCCAUAGAAAAAUUAAACACAGAUUUUGAACAAAGUAAUACAAGUCUCUUGGACUUCCCUACUUUAGACAAUGACGAUUUUUUCUCUCUAGAAAAUCUUCCCAAGGUGGAGAGCUUCGAAGACGCAAACGAGGAGCCUAACACGGCGUUCAGCGAUAAGAAAAAGUCCAAGUUAAAAGUCGAUAGAAGCAGUAUAGAGCACGUUUCAGAGAACAAUUCAUCAGAAGAAAACGCUUUUGAAGAAAAAGUCGCUCCCAAACGCAACAGAAAGCCGAAGUCAAAGCUAGGCGUUAAGAUAGUUAAUAAUAAUAACGAAAAUACCAACGCGGAUAAGAACCUAGAGAAUUCUUCAUCUGAUAUAACACUGCCCGCUCCUCCCAAGAAAUCCUGGAGCAACAUUGCUGCUACCAAACCCAAACCUAAGACUAUCAUCGAUUGCACAGUAGACCAAUUUGAAGAUUUGCCCAAGAUCGAAUUCGUUGAAGAAGAAUUCACCAUACAGUUGCCCAAGAGGGCGCCUCAGGCUCCCCCAAACAUAUCAGACUUCAUCGAUGUAAACGUCAGCGAAGAGGAAAAGGCGGACACCGAUACAGAUAAAGACGUCUUCUCCAUACCUGAAGAUCCGUUUUUGUCGGCAGGCCAUAAGUGUUCUGACGAUGAAAAGUGUGACCUGAGCAGCUCCCCCACGGAGGCUACCGAGAGCGACGAUUCAGGAAAGAUUUCCAACACCACGAUUUUUGUAGAGACCAAAGUACCGACGAUAGCCAAGAGUUCGAAGAAGAAAAAGAAGAAAAAAUAAGAGUGGUGUUAAGAAAUUUUUGGUGUCGUUGAAAGAGUGAUGGUUAGGUUGAUACUAUGUUAGAGAAUAUUGAUUUUUGAAAAUUGUGAUUUCCUAAACAAGAGUCUAUUUUUAUGGAAUGCUAUGUUAAAUGUGAUGAUGAUAUUCCCUUACACUUUAUUUUUAGCUUCGAAAACAAUCAUUAAGGGCCAUCCUUUUUAUAUUAGAUACAUUUUAAUAUUAUUUAUUAACAAACCAGAAUGGAAUAUUAAUUCAAAAACUUGCUUUAGGUAUUGUUCAAAUUUUACCUAAAUUAUUUCAAUCUUUAUUUUGAAAAAAAUGUUAUAUCUGACAAAAUUAGGAAAAUGGAGAGAAGCAGGUAUUAGAGGCGAAUCAGCCUUUUAUUAUCUAGAAUCCCAUGGUAUUUUUUAUUGUGUUGACUAUAAACUGCUGCGAAUUUUAAGCGUUAGCGUGUUCUAGAAACCAUGCUGAUUAUACAGGGUGUGUCAUUGGGAAACGGAAAUACUUGAAUGGUGAAUAGAGGUAACUCGGGCGGUUCUAAAUAUACAACAAUUUUUGCCCACCAUGUUUAUAACCGAGUUACAGGGUGCUUUUUCGAUUUUGCCCAUUUCUUUCUGGAUCCAUAACUUUAGAACUACCUUGUAUAUUUUUUUGAUAUUUAAUACACAUUUAUGUCUCACUUAGAAUCCAAACCACCCAACUACUCAUCACAAGAAAAAUCCAGGUCCGGAUUAACAAAAAAUAUAAAUUCAUUGUGACCUUGAAACAACACCCUUUAGAUUGAAACUUUUAAAAUAUUUUAAUAAUAAAUUAUUAAAGCUAAUGAAUAAAUACUCAUUUUAAAAAUGAAUAAUACUUAUUUACUACAUUGAAACGACCAUCUUACUAAUCACAACAAAAAUCCAGGUCCGGAUUAGCAAAAAAAUAUAAAGUAAUUGUGACCUUGAAACAACACCCUGUAUAUUGAAAUUUUCAAAAUCCGUUUGUACAUUUGAAAAGAGUACAAAAUACUAAGUUUAAUGGUUCGCUUACAUCUUUCGCAGAGACCAUUUAAUUACUUUAGUUUUGAAAUUAUGUCGAAAUUUUUAAAAACUCUGAGAACUCAUAACAAAAAUUUCGAUAUAAUUUCAAAAUUAAUGUCAUUAAAUUGGCUGCGCAAAAAAUUGAAGCGAGCCAUUAAACUUAGUUGUUUGGGCUAUUUUCAAACGUGUAAACGAAUUUUGAAAAUUUCAAUAUACAGUGUCUUUUUUCAAGGUCACAAUUAGUUUAUCUUUUUUUGGUAAUCCGGACCUGGAUUGUCAUGGAUUGGAUUUUUCUUGUGAUUAGUUAGCGGGUCAUUUAAAAGGAAGUAAAUAAUUCCUGUUUUUUUUUUAAAUUGAGUAUUUUUAUUCAUUAACUUUAAUAAAUUAUUAUUAAAAGCGCUUUAAAAACCUGCUUUUUAAUUUCAGAAGUCUUAAAAAUUUCAAUAUAUUGUAUUUAAUUUCAAAAUUAAAGUCAUUAAAUUUUCUGCGCAAAAAAAUAAACCGAACCUAUAAACUCAGGUUUUUGUGCUCUUUUUAAAUGUUCAAAUGGAUUUUGAAUAUUUCAAUAUACAGGGUGUUGUUUCAAGGGCAUAAUUACUUUGUGACUUUUUGUCUAUCCGGACAUGGAUUUUUCUUGUAUUGUUCUUAAAAAUUUCAAUGUAAUUUCAAAAUUCAUUCAAAAUCAAAAGGUAUUAAAUUGUCUGCGCAAAAAAUUGAAGCGAACCAUUGAACUUAGUUUUUUGUGCAUGCAAACGAAUUUUGAAAAUUUCAAUGUAUAGGCUGUUGUUUCAAGGUUCCACUGAAUUUAUAAUUUUUUUAAUCCAGACCUGGAUUUUUCUUGUGAUUAGUGGUUGAGUGGUUUGGGUUCUAAAUGAGACAUAUUAUGUGUACCAAAUAUCAGAAAAAUAUACAAAGUGUUUCUAAAAUUAUGGGUCCUGAAAUAAAUGGGCAAGACCGACAAAACUCAGUUAUAAAAACCGUUAGACCCAAUAAAUGUGGUAUAUCUAGAACCGCCUUAGUGACCUCUAUUCACCAUUCAAGUAUUUACGUUUCCUAAUAAAACACCCUGUAUAAAAUAGAAUCUUAUUUCGUACAGAGAUGCAAUUUUUUUAAUCAAUUGCUGGUCUAUUUUUGGUAGCCGUGUUUUUACAUAGCUAAUUAAUUAAAUAACAAAAUAUUUUCGAAAAUCACAUUUUCUAACAUAGUAACCAAUAAGCCCAAAAUUGUGUAAACGUAAAUUAUUUUAACUGUAAUCUAUUAAUAUAUUUGUAAUAUAUAUUUCAUCUACUAUUUAAGUAUUUAGGCACUGCUGGACAACCUGAAUACUAUUGUAUUUUAAAUGGUUAUUACACCAUGUGAGUAUAAGGUUUCCUAAACGUCAUACAUACACAAUUAUUAGGAAAAGAGUAUAUUGAAGCUUUCACUUUUUAAUUAGUAUACCGAAAGAGAUAUACAGAGAAAAUAUUUCUUUUCAUUUUAGUGAUAUAUAGAAAGAAAGGUGAAGAAUUCACCUUGUAUUAAGUACCUAAUGUAGACUACAUAUUCAUUACGCAGCAAAUUACGUUUUUUAUUAAAUUGUUUUUUAGAGGUUACUUUUAAAAUCAUGUUAAAACCACUAAUGUAACUGAAAAUGUGAAUAAACUCUGAAUGGUUUAUUUAUAUUUUUCUAUAGCAAAUGAAAAAUAAAUAAACAAAAUAAACAACUCCAAUUUCAAAAGCAACGAGAAACCUAAAAGAUAAAAUCUAAAAUAUUUCUAAAGUCGGAAACAAAUUAAGAUUUUCGCCUGUACCAGAUUCUUCUAGAAUUUACAAGGAAAACGGGCGAUAAAUUAACAGACAUGGGGAAUCUACGAUAUGAAUUCCACAACACGUCAAUUUAUAUACACUUGAGACCAGGGUUCUUUACCCGUGCGUCAUUAAUACCUGGCGAGAUAAAACACAUACUUUUUAUCUAGCAUCAUUGUCUUCCACGCAUGAAACAAAAGACAAACCAGCUACCGCCUGUUAUUAAGUAAAGACACAUGUUAUUUUUAUGAACGAUCUAGACUCAGUACAUCGAAAAGAGAUGGGUACAAAAAAGAGUCUUGGGACAUUUUCAGAAUUUAAGUACAGUGGAACUUCGAUAAGUCGGAUUAAUCGGGACCGCGGCCAAUCCGGGCUAUCGAAAAUACGGGUUAGCCGGAGAAUAUGGUAAAAAUUAAUAAAAUACGGUAUACUUAGCAGCGAUAGAUAGUUGGCGUAUUCCAUGACGUUUUUUCCAUCUGUCCAGCCAACCUUGACUCGCAAUGAAAUUUAGUUCGGAAUUAGGCAAGAUUUUAUUCAGCUUGAGUGCUGUUUCUUGAAUAAUUGGUCCAGACACUGGUAAACCACGUUCCCAUUCCGCACAAAACCACACAUACAAAGCGUCGUCGAGAGUCUCAUUUUUAGCUUUCUUAGCUUUGCACCGAUUGUCCAAACUGUCUUUUGUUAUCAUUUUGAAACAAAAUUCUUCGAUUUUAGUUCUAUUUUUCUUCCAAUCCGAUACUGUGUAGAUGUACUAAAGAUUCGUCUUUAUCAAUCCUACCUAAUGCUUUUAGUCUAUUUUCCAUUGUCACUACAACAUUUUUACGUUUUGUUGCCAUUACGUAGACAAAAACACACGCAAACAUCUGAAGCACUACUACAGAACGGAAGCGAAUAAUACGACUGUACUACACACAAUACGGUCACAAUCGGAACGAUGAUAUUUAAGAACAGUGGAGACUAAGACCUUUGUUUAAAAAAUAAUUUUUCCGAUAUUGUUGCGAUAAUGUUUCCGAUAAUCCGAGCCAAUGAACGUCGCUCUGCCGCCGUGUGCCAUGAGUCAUUUUACUAUCGUAUAGUUCAAAUUACACAAAUACACAUUAUCUCUCAAAUAUUAUAUUACAUACAUUUUUAUUGUUGAAAUGUUUGAUGAAAAUCGGUGCGGGUUAGCCGGACUUCCGGGUUAUCGGGGGCCGACCUAUCGGGGUUGUAGGUACCUACAAUUUGCGUUUGUGACGUUUCUGGUUUGUUUACUUGUCACUGUCAGUUUGUUGGAUAUUUUGCUGUUUUUGUCCUGUUUUUUGCAUUAAGAAGUUAUUUAUAUUACAUAAACAGUUGUUUUUACUACUAAUUUUAUAUUGGAUAUUGAAAUUUUAAGGUACCUAUUAUAUUUUCCGGUAAUAUCAUACAAAGUUAACCUCAUUCGCAGUUAAGGAAAGUUUUGUUUAAGUUUCCAUAAAAGUGAAAUAAAUAACAAAAAGAAAAUAUUUUAUUGUCAAAUAUUUAUAUUAUAACAAAUAUUUAAUUACAAAUGAUAUUAAAAUGAUUUAUUAAGCUACUUCAAAUGUAGCUGUAAUUAUGCACCAAAAUUUUAAAGCAAAACUAACAUUUUACAUUUUAUUUAUUUGAUAACGUCAAUUUUUUUAAUAUACUCCUUGAUCGGAAUAGUAUAGCCACUUUCUGUCACUUGCUGUUGCGUGGAAUAGAUUUUUGACUUAUUUUAUAUGCUUUAAAUGAUGACGCACGGGUAAAGAAUCCUGGACCCAACUGUAGCUAAAAAUCAAACGAGUUUUGAUUCCUAGUACUCAGUUCGUGAGUAAGAACGAAGGUAAAUGAAUAAAGUUAAGAUUUAAUUUCGUUUCAGAGACCACCACCAUCUGUUUAUGUAUGUUUCAACCCCUUAGUUUUUUCAUAACAGCCCGUGGUGUGCUAUGUUCAAGCUGUUGCUGAAAACCGUGCAUCUACGGUUUCUAGUCAUUCUUAAUGAGCACCAUUCAAAAAAAAUGUAAAAGUGAAACAUAUGACAGGAAAAACAAAAAAAGUAUAUGUUUGUCAACCCUGUAACCUCUUUCUUACUGUUAGCAAAAAAUAUAAUUAUUUUAUUUUAUUCUAUAGGAAUUAAAAUUUGAGUCACCUACAAUUUCAUAUCUAUAACUGUCUUGUGUUUAUCAGGAUCCAAAGUAGUGGAAAAAUUAGCAUAACCUAUUUCUCUCUCUCUCUCUCUCUCUCUCACACACACACUCUCCCUCUUCUUCCUUCCUUCCUAAUGUAGUGUUGCAUUUGUUAGCCAAAAGUGAAAAAUGGCUGAUUGUCUAGAUCAGCGCAGCAAAACCUAUAUAAUAGUAUUUAUACUGCUUAGGGCCAAUUUUUCAUAUCGAGUUCAACUCCAGUUUUACCUGAACUUUUAGUGAACGUCAGUUUAACGUCAAAAUCGUCUUUUUAAAUUCACGUUCAACCGAUGGCAGUUUAAACAUGAACAAUGCUUGAACGCUGGAAUUCGGCCGUUCAAAGAUUACAGAACCCAGUUCAGAUGAUUUCAUGGAUUACGCAUGCGUUGUAUUAACACGAAACGCUGUCAUAAUAUAAAUAUAUCCUGUUUUCUUAUAUUAAGUCUAAGGAUAAACGAUAACAUUAUUUUUGUUUUUAUAACAUUUAUCUAUAAUUAUUAAAAUUACUAUUUGAUUAUAAAUACUUAAAUUUAACUGUAUUCAAAAACAGCAUAAAAAUGGUCGUACAAAAUGGCGAUAGUUUUUUACCUUUUGCCAUCUAUUGGUAUUUCUCGAAAGCUGUACAACGUGCACUGACAUGAACGCGCACUGACAUGAACGUGCAAUGAGAAAGGCAUUCCAAACAAAACCGAAGUUCACCGGUGAACUGCGGUCAACUGAACCAUAGAUUAACUCAAAUAUGAGAAAUCGACCCUUAACGUAACUCAUCCGAAAUGAAAAUAAAUUGAAUCUUAAUAUUUUGAGCCCAGGAAUCUACGGUUAAAAUAUUUCCAAUUAUUAAUGAAACACCCUGUAUACAGUUCUUUAUAUAAAUUUGAUACGUAAUAUUUUAAGAACCAAUUAUCUGGAUAUCUCUUUUAAAAUUUAAUGGCAGUUCUUUGGCUAUAUUAGAUAUUAGUUUAGGACAUUACUUUUUAGUUAGAUAACUAAACGUACAACUUAUUUUAAACCACAUACAAAAGACCAAAAACAAAAUAAUACACAGAAAUAAUAAAAAAUAUGUUAGAUAUAUUUGUAGUUAAUAGUUUUAAUUAUAAGAUUUGUACCUGUACCUACCUGUUUCCCUUUAUCAACCUGUAGGUUUAAUCAAAACGGAAAAAUUACCAACUAGUUAUAAAAAAAGUAAUUAUGAAUUAAUGGCAAUAAAAAAUUUGGAGUUAAUGAUUUAAAAAUGAUCACAUUAAAAUAUAGCAAAUAUUUUUUUAUGUAAGUUAUAGUUUUUUAUGAAGCUUCAGUAUACACUUCAAGUAUACAUACUGUUUAUAAAAGAAGACAUUUUACAUCCAAAGUAUAUAAUAAAGAUCAGCUUUAAAGUCAUGACUUAUCUUAUAAGAUAUUAAUUUAUUUGUACAAAGAUUUUUUUAUAUUAAUAUACGUUCGCAGACAUUGUUUCAACAUGCGUUAUGACAAAUACAUGUACACAUUACCUUACAGAAAAUCGGAGAAGAUCACUGUCGACGUGAAGGAGGUUUAUUAGCAAAACGGUAAAAUUUCUAAAAAAUUUGUUACUUUAGUAAUUUUGUAUGUUAAUACAGGUUACAUUUUAAAAUUAUUUUGGCAUAUACGGAGUGUCCCAAUAAAUUGUGCAUCCCAAAGUUAUGUUUUUUAUUGCGCUCCCUGUAAGUUAUUGCAGUUUUAGAUACUACUUAAAAUUAUAAUACAUUUAUAUAAGCUAUUAUAUAUAUGAAGUUGACAUAUGGUAUGUUUAAGAUUAAGUAUUGUUAGAUUAUUUUUUUUAAAUAAAAAAAAUUAUAAAUUAAAAUCUGACAAACAAGAUAAAAUGUUCAUCCAUCUGAGCAUGGCCUUAGUCUCAUUUUGCGCCAUUUGAAUCCAAUUUGUAGACUCCUUUUUAUGUCAUCGGUUCAUCUUGUCGAGGACCUCUGUCUGUGUCAGCUUGUAUUCGGGAUAUCCAUUCCAAAACUCUUUUCGACCACCUAUUAUCAACUGCUCUUGCUACAUGACUUGCUAAGUUCAAUUUUUGUGUUGUUAUUCUUUCAAUUCUGUCAAGUAUUUAAGACAACGCUGGAGGAAAGCAUAGAAGGCAUAAAGAUAAAUGGAGAAAUAAUUAAUAACAUAUGGUAUGUUGAUGACACUGUGAUUCUAGCGAGUAGCAUGGAGGAUCUGAGUUGCUUAAUGAGUAAGAUACAAAAAACAAGUGCACAAUACGGACUCAAACUAUACAUCACAAAAGCCAAAUGGAUGUUAGUAAGCAAAACCCAACAACGACUAAGACAACUGAUAUUAGACAAUCAAAGAAUUGAACACGUGGAUUCGUACAUCUACUUAGGAACAACAGUUAAUUCAAGUUGGGAUCUUUUUCUUCUUCUUCUUCUUCUUCUUCUUCUUCUUCUUAUUCUUCUUUUUCUUCUUCUUAUAAUAGGCCUCUUGGCCUGUUCCUUAGCGAUUUUGAGCUUGUAUUCGUAGCUGAGAUGUUGACUGCCACCUAUCUCGCCACCUUUUAAAGGGUCUUCCUAUUGGUCUCUUGCCUGUUGGCUUCGAACCCCUGGCUAUACGGGCUAUUCUCUCGCUGUCCAUUCUCGUCACAUGCUGAUUCCACUCUCGUCGUCUCUAUCUUCCCCACCGUACUAUAUCUUGUAUGUUACAGUGAUCUCUUAUUCUGUCGUUCGGUAUUCUGUCUCUCAGUGUUUUCCCAGUUAUUGACCUCAACGUUCUCAUUUCUGAUGUUCUCAGUAUCCUCUUGGUUUCUGCUGUGUCACAUCUUGUUUCUAUCGCGUACGUUAUGAUCGGUCUUACUUAUACAUGAUUUGUAUAUGCGUACUUUCCCUUCCAGCCUCAUAUCUUUGUUUCUCCAGAUGACAUCCCUCAGACAUCCUGACACGUAAUUGGCUUUGUUUGCUUGCUUUCGGACGCUCUCUUUAACAUCUCCAUAACUACGUAUUUCGAUUCCCAGAUAUUGGAAUCUCGAGACUUGUUCAAUUAGUUCGUUGUUAAUUACUAAUUUGCAUCUUAUGGGUUCCCUUGACACUUAUGGGUUCCUAUGACACAACCAGGGAUUUUGUCUUGGCUGUUGAUAUUUUCAUGUUGUAGUUCUUCGCCACUGUAAUGAAAGUUUGUGCCAUUCGCUGUAGGUUAUCCUCGUUGUCAGAUGAUUUUUAUUUGUAAACAGAGGAUUUUUAUUUGUUUUUCCGCCAUCUUAUAUCCUUUUCCAGUACCUUUAAUGUUUUCUAUGAUUUUGUCCAUGACUAAAUUAAAAAGCAAUGGGCUCAAGCUAUCCCCUUGUCUGAUUCCCGAGUUGAUUUCUACUUCCGAUGUUAGUUCACUCUCGACUUUUAUUCUGGUUUUGUUCUUCGUAUUAAUGUCUUUAAUUAUCCUUAUCAUCUUGUUGGGCUGAUUUUUCUUCUUUAGCAAUCUUAGCACAUCUUCCAAUCUUACACAAUCGAAGGCGUUAAGAGUUUAAGAGUUGUGCUCAGCAAGGUGAUGAUACGGUAGUUGCUAGGGUCUUUGCUGUUUCCUCUCUUGUGUAUAGGUAUUGUUAUACUCGUCCUCCACUGGUCUGGUACACGCUGCCUACAUAUUAUUUCUUGAAAGAGGAUCUCUAUGUUUCCGAUUAAGGUUUCUCCUCCGUAUUUCAGGAGUUCAUUUGGUAUCCCAUCGGGUCCUGGUGCUUUUCUGUUUUUUAAUUUACGUAUGUUAUUCCUUAUUUCUUCUUUUGUGAUUUCUAGUUCUGUAUCUAUGUUGGAUUCGUCUUCAUUUCCUGUUUCUUCCUCUUCUUCAGGUAUUAUAGUAUCUUCCUUAUAUAGUUCUUCUAUAUAGGCGGUCCAUUGUUCUGCUUCUAUUUUAUUUAAACUACUAUAUUCGUUAAUGGGUUUUUUCCUAUUUUUUAGUAUUUUCCAAACUUUUCUUUGCGCCCCAUACAAAUCGUGUUCCAUUUCUUUGGUAAAGCGUGUCCAAUAUUCCCUUUUUAUAUUUUUUAUCUUAGAAUUGAUGUAAUUUCUUGGUUCUCUGUAUUAAUGGUAAUUGUUUGGUGUUUUGUUAGUGCAGUAUUGUAGGUACGCUUUCCUUUUCUCAUACGCUAGAUCUCUUAUUUCAGUAUUGAACUAGGGCUUUGAUAUUUUUGUUGCAUUCAGGUUAAUUUUUCUAACCCCUAUGCUUUGCGGCUUGUAAUAUAUUAUAUUCUAUUUUUGCCCAUGUCUCAUUUACUCCUUCACCUGUUGUUACAAUCACCUGUUGUGGGUUUAUCUCAAAUCUUUAUUCUAAACGUCUUUUAUACAUCCAUUUUGUGUUUUGGUUCUCUAGAGACUCAAUGUUUAGUUUUUCGAAGUACUUGGGUAGUUUUUUCUUGUUUUGUGGUAUUUUGAGCAAACAUUUUCCAAGCACCAUUUUAUGGUCUGAUCCGAUAUUGGGCGAUGUUAAUGCUCUUAUGUCUAGUAUUUGUUUAGGUAUGAUUUCUCUAUUUGUAAUUAUAUAGUCUAUUGUUGAUUGUUGGCCUUGCGUGUUUUGCCAUGUGUAGUUGUGUUGGGGUUUGUGUGGAAAAAACGUGUUGUUUAUUCUCAACAAAUUUUGGGUACAGGAUUCAACAAGGUAUUCUCCAUUUCGGUUCAAUGUAUCUUCGUUGAAUCGUUGUUUGAUAUUAUCUAUGCUGUCGUUUCCUACUCUUGCACUGAGAUCUCCAAGAAUAAUUAUUUUUUUGUUCUUCUGUAUCUUGUCGAUUACAUCCUGUAGUUUAUUGUAGAAGUCUUCGGUCUCCCCCUCGGGUUUACUUAUAUCUGGUGCGUAGACUGAUGUGGAGUUUAGUGUUUUCCAUAUUCAAAGUCGUCAUCAGGAUUCUAUGGUUGAUAUAUUCGAUGUUUUCUAUGCUCUUUUCAUCACCAAGCCCCGGAUACCGGGCAAGUUGGGAUCAAGCGAAGGAAAUGCGUAUAAGAAUAGAAAAAGCAAGAGCGUCGUUCACUAGCAUGAAGCAAAUUUUCACCUCUAACAGCUUCACCCUACCUCUCAAAAUCCGACCUCUGAAAUGUUAUAUAUUCCCGGUUUUGUUAUAUGGAAUGGAGGCGUGGACAAUGACCGCAACAUAAUGAAAAAAGUACAGGCCUUUAAAAUGUGGUGUUACCGACGUUUUUUACGUACAUCCUGGAUCGAGCACGUGACCAACGAGGAGUCGAGGAGAUACUACGCCGGAUAGGUAAAGAGUGAGAGGUAGGAAUAACUAUAAAGAAAAGAAAGUUAAAAUACCUGGGUCAUGUUAUGAGGCACAAUAAAUAUACAGGGUGUCCCCGAAAAUAGUGCGUUCCUUUAAGGUAUGGAUAUAAUACACAAUUUAGAACAAAAAAGUCCUAUAACAUUUUUUUUCUAAAGUUAACCGUUUCCUAGAAAAAAAUUACAUUGUUCUCCAUAUAAGUGAAUUUUUAUUUUCAUAAAUUUGAAUGACAUGGCAACGUAGCCUAGAAGAACUUGCUGUGACUGUGGAAAUUUAACCUAAUAACCCCUUGUUUAUUUACUUUGAGGUGUGAUUUUUGGGGUUGUUGACAUCGUAGGUACCUACCUGCAAAAUGAUGGAUAUGGGUUUGGUUGAUAUUUACAUUAUUUUACCUACCAGAUUUAACUGACCUACAAACCUACUUUUUUAAUCUUUAGAUUUUUGAGUUGCGCGUUGUUGCCAGACUUCAAUUUGCAUAUCAAAAUGUAUUUUCGUUUUUUGGUCAAACGGAUCAAUUUCGAAAAAAAUGUUAUAAGACUUUUUUGCUCUACAUUGUGCCUUCUACCUAUACCUUUAAGGAACGCACUAUUUUCGGGGACACCCUGUAGAGUAUUACAGCUAAUCAUCUAAGGGAAAGUAAACAGUAGAAGGGUCCAGAGAAGAGGAGACACUUGUGGCUCCAAAACUUGCGGCAAUGGUUCGGAUUGUCAUCUGUCGAACUAUUCAGAUCUUCCAUAAACAAAGUCAGAAUAGCAAUGUUAAUUGCCAACGUUCUGAACGGACAAGGCACAUGAAGAAGAAGAAUUCUUUCAAUAACGUCUGCUACUACUGAUCUUUUGCGUAUAGUAGUCUAUCACGACGAGAAAUCAUAUUUUAGGGCUAUUUAACAAGUAUUUGAGUUCACUGAUGAUGGACUGAUAGGUCCGAAAACGUUCGUCCGUAACACAAUAUACCUAUUACAUAGAAAAAAACAUUUUAUUAGAACAUUACAUAGAACAUUAAAACAUAUUACAUAGAAGUUAUUUUACUUCGGUGUUAAGAGUUUUUUAACUAUAUGGUAUACAGCCAACCCAGUGAACUAUCCCUUUUUAGAAAUCAUAUUAUUCUCUACAUUGCUCUUGUAGUUCACUCAUUGUUGUUCUUGCGAGUGUUAGGGUUUGUGCAUCAUAGGUCAUCUUUGACAGAAUGUAUUGACUAAAUACUGAUCUGAUGGCCUAAAUACUUGUAGGUGUCAACUGGUUUCUAUGUCCCUUUUUUGUAGCAGUAUGGAGCUCUUGGAGCAUUAUUUGCGCCUAUUCGAAGAUGUCCGCAAUGAGAACGAUGUCAUCUGUAAACUUAAGAUUAUUUAAAAAUUGUCCAUCUGCUUUUCUUGUUCCGAUCUCUUUAGAAGACAGGCAACCUAUCUCCGUUAGGAGACAGGUUGUCUCCUUUCCGAACGUCCCUUUCAAUAUGAAAGAUCCAGUAUCCUCAUUAAGUCUUAAACAUGCUAUGGCAUGCUCAUAGAUAUUUGAUGAGGCAUAUGUAUCGGUGACCUAUUCUACAUUGCGUGGAACAUCUCAGUAAUCAAUUUAGGAGACAAGUUGUCUGAUUUCCGAACGCCUUUUUCAAUACGAAAUGUCCCAGGAUCUUCAUUAAGUCUUAACAAGAUGUAGCCGGCUCAUAGAUUUAUUUGAUAAGAGAUAUGUGUCGGUGGUAUAUUCUACAUUGCGUUUGAGCAUGUAUCAUUUUACUUUGGUUGACCAUGUCAAAUGCUUUUUCAAAGUCCACAAAGACAAGUAUCGGGAUCUAUUGUAUUCAAGAGCUUGUUCCGUAUCCAGCUUUAAAUCCUGCUUGGCAAUUUAUAAAUGUGAUAUAACAAGCUAAUGCGUCUCAGUUCUACAAUAACUAUUUUGUCAUCACCAGCUGCUUUAUUAUUUUUCGUUUGAGUUCCUACUCCUUGUAUUAUGCCUAAGAAUUUUAAGAGAUUGUUAAUAAAUAGGCAAAUUAUCAAUAUUGUCUCUCUGUGUCAAUGAUUUUCAAAAAAAUAACGAAUGUUAAAAAAAUAAAAGUACAUGAAAUUUAAUAUACAUACUAUAAAACAUAAAAUAUAUUUUAAUUUUAUCUUAAGUCUAAAAACAAUAACAUAAAUGGUGUCUAUAAUAAAAAAUAUAACUUUACAACUGAGAUUCACAAAGUAGUUUAUUGGGACAUCCUAUAUAUUAUAUUAUAAUAUACAUGGUCAAUAAUAAUAUUAUUGAUUAAUUAAGCACAAUUAAAUACAGUUCCCAGAAAAACUUCAAUGAAAAAAUAAUAUUAGAUGGAGAAAGAAACGAUAAGAUAAUGGAAGCAAAUCUCAAGAUAACAUUGUCAUUUAUCGUCUCAAAAUAGUCAAUGAACAGGGAUACAGAAAGAGAAACAACAUAAUGUAGUAAAAGUGAUACUGUUCGUCCGCUAUAAGUUUUCCCAUGCGUCACGAUUCAUUUUCAAACAAAUUAAGUCAAAACAUAAAUAUGCAGUCCAGGGCUCAUCUGUUGUGAGAUGGACGUUGAGAGGUGACUCAUAUUUUUUUGCAGAAAUUGCUUGGAAAUAACUCAUAUAAAUAAUAAUUGAGUUAUCCUCCCACUCAAAAAAAUUUCGGAACUUUGUUUAAAUAAUCAAAAUGUUAAAAGAAUGAAGGAAAAAUUCGAUUUUUUUCUUCGUUUUUUGAUAACUUUCAAAGUAUUCACUUCCGAGAAAAGUUGCACUGACAUAAAAGUUUCUUAACUAAAUUUCCUGCAAUAUAGGGGUUGUCAAAAAUGUUAAAAAUUGUCACCCUUGUUGCAAAAUAGCAAUAAUUGCGAAAAACCAUAAAAAAACAAGUAUUCGCAUUUUACGCUUUUCAACCAUUUAUGCUACACUUAGGACCUUCAUAUUUUACCCUGCAAAACUUUGAUAUAAUAAAACAAUACUGUACAUUUCAUUAAGAUGGAUUCAAUAGAUUUUGCAAAAUAAAUUUUGCAAUCCAGGUUUCGCAAAAAAAA